AUGGUCUCCAGUCUCGCUGCGCAGCUCGCGCAAGGCGCGUCCCUAAACACCUCUCUUCUGGUCGACCGGUCUAAACGAAAAUGGGCGGAAUCAUAUCUGUUCACUGGACGAGAGGCGGACCAGCAUGACCUCGAUUCUAUACACGCUCUGGGUGUCAGCGGAUUCAUACGACUCAAGACACUUAAUCCUGCACUGAAUGCAUACGAAGAUGCCCUGUUCUCUGAUGCUACGAAGGGACUUGACCGAACACUUUUGAAUGUGACGGCGAACGCGGAGCUGGAUAAGAAUAUCGCAGGAUGCUUGAGACUCCUUGGUCCGUAUCUGAUGGAUGCACCGACCGGGAGAGUGAUUGAAUGGCUUGUGAGGAGAUUCAGAAUAAACGAAUUCAACGUUGAGAACGUCCUCCGGCUGUUCCUCCCUUACCAUGAUUCCCCCCAUUUCGCGAAAAUGGUCUCCAUUUUGCACCUCGACAAGCAGUCGAAAUGGGCGUUUCUGCUCCCCUUCAAAGCCGCCGCCCAGUACCUCCCUCGUACCGCUCUUGUGACCGAGAUGACGCGAAACACAGAUCUCGCUCGUUUCGUUGCAUCACUUUUCCCCAGUGCCCUCGAAGAGAGUUCCACCUAUCGCGCACUCGUCGCUUUCCACACCGGCGCUCUGCUGGACUUCAUCGCUGCGACCAAGUCUCUCAAUGAAGGACAACUGGCGUUUGUCCUUCCGGCGCUGUUGAAGCCUCUGCAGGUUACCACACCUGAGAAGACGCCGUACGUGAAGGACAUCGUACUCGGAAACUACGUGCUCCUCGCCGCACUUUCUCAGAAAUGUACGUUCUCGGCCGCAGCGCUCAAAGUGAUCGUCGAUGCCGCGGUUAGCAGCAGUCAACAUGUCAGUUUGAAUCAGUCCAUCCGCGCUGUCGUGUCGAUUUGCGCACCUCAAGAGGAGCUAGAGCAAUUCCCGGACGCUGCGCUCAAGAAAUUGCUCCAUACCCCGGACUGUGGCGAUGUGCUCAAGGAGAUCUUGGGCUUCGUCGGGGCAGAGAAGUUCGUCAAUCCGCUAAUCACUGGAUUGUUGCCUCAUCUCAAGAACGAGUCGGCAUACGUCAUACUAGAGGCAAUCUUAUCCUCACCGGAAGUGCCCAGCGCCAUAGUCCAACGCGCAGCCAGAUUGCUUCUGGGGCGCGUCAUCGACCCUGAAAGUGGCGAUGAGAAUAUGAGCCAAUACCGUCGGAUCCUAUCGUUGAUCCAGCAGCGGUAUCCUCUCGUGCUUCAGAAGGCUGCGGAGGAGACUAUCUCCGAAGACGAAGAUGCCAAGGAGGUUGUGGAACAGCUGAUCUUGUCGUUAUCCAUGGUACAAGUAUCGGGUGGUUCUGGUCAAGUCGAUGAGCCCAAUCAAGAUAUGAUAAUUGCUGCUAGUAACGCAGACCCAAGUGUUCGGAAUAUCGCCGUCCGCAAUAUCUAUGAAAUGCUUGAUACUAGCGAAGACAGGGCUCCGUCCGAACUGCAAGCCAUCCACCUCGCCCUUCUUACGCGCAUCCACGAUAGCAACAUCUCGGUGCUAGAGACGCUCUACUCUCAACCGACGUUGCUCCUCCCCAUCCUGACUCAGCACAAGGACACCUAUCUCUCGACGCUCUCGGCCGUCCUCCUAUCCAACAACACGCCUUCCCGCCCGGUCAUCCGGCUCCACAUCGCGUUCCUGUGCCACCACUUCUGCAAAGCCAACCCGUCCGCUAACCGCGAGGCAUUCGAGAAGGUGCUGUUCGCGUUCCUGCUUUUCUCCAAGCCGAGGCAGCGCACGGCUACUGCUGUAUGGGAAAUCAUCGGUGCCCCGGAGGGGCAGGAGGGCAUUGGCGGCUAUGAGCUCCUUGGAGGGUGCGUUGAUGCUGUGCAGUGGGAGAUGAGCAAGCAGGGAGCGAGCGAGAGCGAGGGGAAGAGCGCGCAGACGAUGGGGAGUACGAACUUGGCCUUGGCCUCCAAGAUAGCGGGCAACAUCGUUGCAUCCAACGACUAUGCGCAACACCUCAAGUAUGUGCUCGCGAAGCUUCAGGACCCGAACGCACACGCACGGCACCUCGCGUACCUCACCGCGCGUGCGCUUCUGGGCCUCGUCUCCGGGGAGCAUCAAGUCGAAGCGGCGCAUCGGCUCUUGGGUGCCAUGGGCCUCAACAGCUUGGAUGGCAUGGGCGAUUUCAUGACUGGAGUCGACACCCUCCACUCCUUCCUCAAUGACGAGGCGCUGGGGAUGACGGUGGUGCAGAAACCGAACAGCUGGAAUACGACUCGCCGUUUGCAGACUGCGAUCCUGGCUUUACUUCCGGUUAUCGUACGCCCCGCUCACGGGGCAGUGGAAUGGCUUUCUCAGCCGCAACCCCAGCAGGAGAAUGAUUCGGAAGAUUCCAGAGGCCUUCGUUAUGUGGAACUCAUGCGCAAAGUUUAUAGGCUCGCUAAUUCCUCAUCUGCCCUGCCGGUUUUGACGUCGAGUCUCCUGCGUGCAUUAUUCAUCAACCUCGGUGACGACUCGCUGGUCUUCCUGGCCGGCAUCUGGACCUCUCCCUCCGAAGAUGCAAAGGACGCAGAUGAACAGCGUCUUCGUGAAGCAGCCCUUCUGCAUGCUGCUGCGUUCCUUGCUGCCCACGACGGUACCGAUAAAGUAGUCGAUUUCCAAACGAUACUGCCAUCUGUCCUAGUGGCGUUGCAGGAUGAAGGAAUUGGCGUGCGUCGUGCUGCUAUGGAGUGUGUGUCGAUGAUCUGGCGACUGUCGGAAGUUGCUGAAGCUUCGUCCAUAUACGGGAUUGAAACCAUAUACGGAGCGGAUACUACUAAACUACAGUUUCUCGAGUGGCAAGAUUUCAAAAGGUACACUAACGCCCUGGUUUCGCAUCAUGAUCACCUGGUCAAUGACCGCGAGUACAUCAUAAACCUUCACGCGGAUAUGUUGGGGCGCAAGAGCAGCCCGAAGAAGGAAGCAAGUUACAAGCAACGAAUACUCUGCUAUCUCCUAUCUCAUGUCAAUGCCUGCUCCGUUCCCAACGCACGCCUGCGCCUUCUGAAGAUGGUCGAGGGCGUGUCACACAGAGCCAAGGCGGAGAUGCUAUUGCCCUUGCUACAAGGCAUAGCGGCGGACCCUGGGGCUGAAGCCUCAGUAGCUGCAAUGGGCGACGCAUUCGAGGAGUUUUGCACGCUAUUGGUCGGAUGCUUUGAUGUCUCUCUCACGAAGGAGUUCAAUAAUGGAGGGAGCCCUGUCUGGCCUGUUUAUCUUGGGACACUGCGGCGUGCUUCCGAUGAAGGAUUCUCGGCCUCUGCGAAUAUGGUUCUCUCUCGUAAUCUACAAGGUGGCUUGUUCGCCAGUCUAGUGUCAGAACGUCAAGUGGAGCUUUGCCAGGUUUUGCUCGAGUCGAGCGAACGAAAUGCGAAGGCUUCCUACGGCAGAGCCCUCCUGUCCAACAUCAUUCGCGAACCACAGCUCCUUGUCCAAUUGUUCAAUGGGCUUGCGCUGCCGGCGCUGGAGUCGGGCAACCGCGCGAGCAAACGAGCCAAAUACGACAGUGCCGAUACUACGAACGAUGAUCAGAACACGCUAUCUUCAAUGACCAUUCUCGCUGAGAUUGUUCACGCCCAACCCAUUGUAGGGUCGGCUGAGUUAGUGACUUGCCUGGUGGAAACUCUCGGGAAAGUGGCGCACUGCGAUUCCUGGGGGCAGACGGAGAAAAGUUACAUAGAACAGCUCCUUAUGUCCGCGCUGGAACGGAUGAGUGCACAAUCCAUACCUGAUCUCAAAGCGUCUUCACUCCGGCUCGACAUCCUUGUCGAGUUGAUCAGAGGCGCCGAUAACCCUCAGACUUUCAAUCAGGUUCUGCUUUUGAUGGCUUCUAUGGCCCGCUUGGCGCCUGAAGCUGUCCUGCAUAAUAUAAUGCCCAUUUUCACCUUUAUGGGCUCAAAUGUCUUCCACAGGGAUGAUGCUUAUAGUUUCAAUGUGGUACAGAAGACAAUUGACAGUAUAGUGCCAGUGAUGGUUUCCUCUCUGAAGUCUGGGAACAGCUCAAAGCUGGACUUAAUCAUUGCUUCACGGGACUUUCUUCGGAUCUUUGUGGACGCCUCAAGCCAUAUACCCCGUCAUCGUCGCGCAAAUUUCUUUGCCCACCUGGUGGACGUACUUGGACCAGACGACUUCUUAGCGCCGCUUUGCAUGCUCUUCAUCGAAAAAUCAGCAAAUCGUAUUGUGCGCCAGAAUUUGAACGAACUACUAUCCACCUUAUCGUUACCAAUGGCGAUCGUUGAACACUGUGAACCGCUGGUGCAGUUAGAAGCUUUGUCCGAAUUCCUCCUGGAGAGUCAACGCCUCCUUCAUCGGCUCAUGAAUCCUGAAGAUACAACCUCCACAUUCCUUGACAGCAUGCGGGUUGACGACGAGCAAUCUUCAACCAAGACACUCCUCUAUAGACGUCGAGCUCGUUCAUUGAAUAUUUUUGUCGGCCAAGCCGCACAGCACUCCCCGAGUCUCCUGAGGAGCCACCGCACACCACAGUCGGCGCUGGCGAUCAAUGCGCUCGUCUCUCGGUUUUUACAGCUAGUCUCCAUGGCGGAUGCCGAAUCGAAAGACGAAGGUGUACUCGAUGUCGUCCAAGCUGCUCAGGCUUCCUUAAGCCAAUGUCUCGGCGUCAUGCACGCUACCGACUUCCUUGACUCGGUGGCCGCCGUUCUUGAAUCGGAUGACGCGAAGAUAAUCAUCGGAGCCUUGGACGUUCUCUCUGUUCGCUUGCCUGAAGUCUCGGAUGAGACCAGGCACACGGCGACCCCAACCAUUAAGCGUAUCAUUGGUUCCCUAGAGCGCAUCCUGGGUGGCAGUGGCAAUAACUCUGUGAAGUCGCGUGCAUUUAUAGCGGUUAAAGCGAUUGGCGAGUCGGCUUGUGCUGGCGAAGAGAAUGCACUCUUGACUAUGGUGCCGAGGAUACUUGAGGCCAUGCGUAACGGAAUCGCAACAGUGCAUGCCACUGCUGCACUACCGCCUAUAAUAGCGAAGAUUGGGCCUCGCGUCCUGCCCUAUUUCAGGGAUAUUAUACAACGAUGCGUCAGUGUCAUCCACGGCACCACACAUGAUCCCGCAGAUUCUGCGCCUGCGGCCCGCACGCUCUCUGCCCUAUUGGACUCUAUCCCUAAUCUAUGGGGUAGUGGUGAAAUCACGCAGGUGCUGGAGACGUAUUUGACUGCACCAGAUAUGUCAAGCGUUUCUUCCGCCAUGGAUGGUGUUGUCAAGACUGCUACAAAGAAACUGCCGUCCAGCGUGCUCUUAUCCACCUUGUGCAAUGUUCCAGUUUAUGCAGAUUCGGCGGCCAUGUCUCGUCCUGCGAAAUACUUCUAUCUGUUGCGGAGAGCCUUGCGAGUAGGAGAGCGAUCUGUCGUCAUGGAUAAUCUACGACCUCUCCUUCAAGUAUUCCUCCAUGGUUUUGAAGCUCGGCAGAUGGCGAAGCAUACCGUAGACGAGCUUGAGAGCAGCAUAAUUACUGCUUUCGUGGAAUUUGUGGCGAAAAUGAACGAGACCGCCUUCAGGCCGAUAUUCAGGAAGCUCUACGAUUGGGCGUUUGGCGAUAAUGGCUCUGAUAAGGACCGAAAGAUUACCUUCUGCCAUACCUACGAAGCUUUGCUCGACUACUUCAAGAAUCUCAUGACCCCUUACAUGUCAUUCCUGAUGACUCCAUUCAUCGAGAUUCUACAAACACUCAGCGGGUCAACGACGGAGGGAGAUCCUACCCUGUGGAGUUCCGUGCUCAGGAUUUUGACGGAAACCUUCCGUUUCGAUGAAGGAGUCUUUUGGCGAGACGAUAAGCUACGUCAAGUUGCUCCUGCCCUAGUGGGACAGGUGCCUGUCUGCUUGAGGAUGGGCACCGCAGAUGGCAAGAGGUUUCUGCGAGAUUGCCUCACCGCUUUCGUAGAUGCCAUUAGCGAAGAAGCGCUGCUGAAAAAGGUCAACUUGGACUUGCUGAUGCAUACUCGUUCGGAUGAUCCUGCUCUGCGGAUAUAUGCCCUUGAUUGUUCAGAAGCAAUCUGGAGGAAUCAUGGGAACAAGCUGCUUGGCUUCGUCGCGGAGACGUCGACUUUCAUUGCUGAGUGUGCAGAGGAUGAGAAUGACACUGUGGUGACCGAAUGCCGUAAAUUGAAGGAGACAAUAGAGAGUAUAGCAGGGAAGAUAGAUGAGCUGUGA